AUGAGCAAGCGGCGUCGCGCAUCAUCUGGCGCAAGCCGUGGCGCUGAUGAUGAUAGCGAUGAUGUAGAACUAAGCAACCCAGGGCCGCCACCUUCUAGAAAGAAGAAGAAAUUAGAACCGAGUGAAAUAUGUCAACAAUUGUAUGACACAAUCCGGUCAUUCAGGAAGGAGGAUGGUAGUCUUCUUUGCGACUCAUUUAUAAGAGCACCGAAAAGGCGUCAGGAACCUCAGUAUUAUGAAGUAGUGUCACAUCCCAUUGACUUGCUAAGGGUUCAGCAAAAAUUAAAAACGGACACAUAUGAAGACAUAGAGGAGCUGUCACGUGAUAUUGAACUUCUUGUCAACAAUGCUAAAGCAUUCUACAAGCCAGAAUCCGAGGAAUACAAGGAUGCAAAUAAAUUGUGGAAGCUAUAUACUAAAACAAGGCAGAGUUUGGAGAUUGGCGAAGAAAGUAAAACACCCAAGCUAUCACGGACCAGCUCUUCAAGUCGCAGAUCAGAUGUCGCCGAAGACAUCUCUGAAACUUCAACAAACAAUGAAGAAGACAAUAUUUAUGAAGAGCUCUUUAAUGCUGUCAUGACAGCGAACAUAGAUGGACGUCUACUUUACAAGCCGUUUCAAUUUCUGCCGUCGAAAAGGCGCUAUCCUGACUUCUAUGAGGUCAUCACCUAUCCCAUAGACCUCAGAACAAUUGCACAAAAGAUACAAGCAAGUGAAUAUACCAGCUUGAAUGAUUUAGAGAAGGAUUUGCUUCUAUUGGUGAAAAAUACGUGUUUAUUCAACGAACCUUACAGCCAGAUAUAUAAAGAUGCUAAAAUGUUAAAGAAGAUAAUUCAAUCGCGUAAGAAGGAGAUAGACCAACAGGGUCGGCCGAAGUCGUCUGAACGUAUUCGUAGCAAGCGUUCGUCCAGGGUGAACCCAGUUCUGUCCAGUCGGACUCUUGCCAUCAUGGAGCCCCCUGAUUCAGAAGGAGAAGCAAAUGUCAUGCAUUCAGAAGACAGUGAAACCGAUGAAGAUAAAAAUGAAAACGAAGAUUCACCCCAGUGGAAGCUGUUGGAAUCAGUUAGGAGUCAUAUGGGACGAAACGGUGUACCCUUAGCUGACCCGUUCUGGAAGCUUCCGUCGCGCCGUGAGUAUCCGGACUACUACAAGGAGAUCAAGAACCCAAUAUCGCUCAAUCAGAUCAAGAAUAAGAUACGGAGGGGCAACUACGGCACUCUGUCCGAAGUGGCCGGGGACAUGAACAUUAUGUUCGAGAACGCUAAACAGUACAACGUGCAGUCGUCUAGGAUUUAUAAGGACGCUGUUAAAUUGCAGAGAUUAAUGCAACAACGUGUGCAAGAACUUUUGGACAUCGUGCAGAGUUCGUCCAGCGACGACGAGAGUUUGUCAUCUGUGAAAAAUCAGUCCCAAGUAGCUACGCCGCGGCCGAGAGGUCGCCCCAGAGUGAACCCAGUACCUGCGCCACCGUCUCCAUCGCCGUCCCUCAAACCCAAUAUGCCCCUUAAGAAGAAACUCCACUUCAUUUCCAAACAACUAGUUGAGUUCUCUUGCUCUGAUGGACGACAGCCCAUGCUGGCUUUCAUGGAGAAGCCCAGCAAGAAACUGUACCCCGAGUACUAUGAUGUGAUCGACCGACCCAUAGAUAUGCUAACUAUCGAAGCCAAUAUCAAGAACGAUCGCUACACUACCAUUGACGAAAUGGUCGCGGACUUCCGCCUGAUGUUCUCAAACUGUCGCCAGUUCAACGAAGAAGGUUCUAUUAUAUACGAGGAUGCGAAUCUUCUACAAAAAGUUCUGAACGAGAAGUUAAAGGAGUUGAACAGUUGUAUCGAAAGAAAAACGCCAGUGAAGACGUUCAAAGCGGCCAAGUCAAGGCAAAUGACGCCGUUUGAACAGAAGCUGAGGACUCUGUACGACGCUAUCAGGGACUAUCGGGAUCCUAAAGCUAACCGUCAACUGGCACUGAUUUUCAUGAAGCUUCCAUCAAAAACGGAGUACCCUGACUACUACGAGCUCAUCAAGAACCCCAUAGACAUGGAGCGAAUCGCCCAUAAACUAAAGAACGGGGUGUACACAUCUGUGAACGAAUUAGCUUCGGAUUUUAUACUGAUGUUCGACAACGCGUGCAAAUAUAACGAGCCGGAUUCGCAGAUCUACAAAGAUGCGUUGAUAUUGCAACGGGUCUGUCUCCAGACUAAACAAAUGUUGAGAGAAGACGAUGAUGCAGUGCCUGACGUACCAGCAGCUGUACAGGAUCUAUUGCUCAAUCUCUUCACCACGGUCUAUAAUCAUCAGGAUGAAGAGGGAAGGUGUUACUCAGACAGUAUGGCGGAACUACCCGAGCAUGAUGAAGCAGCUAAUGGGGAGAAAGUUCGUGCGAUUUCAUUGGAUCUAGUUAAACGGAGACUGGACAAGGGAUUGUACAAGCGCUUAGAUCAUUUCCAACAGGAUAUGUUCGCUGUUUUUGAGAGAGCUCGUCGUCUCUCGCGCACGGACAGUCAGAUUUUCGAAGAUUCAGUGGAGCUUCAAACCUACUAUAUCGAACAGCGAGACCUGUUGUGCCGCAACACUCUCGUUUCUCCCGCGCUUAACUUUACCAGAGAUACCAUGACAACGUCAGUGGAGCUGGUGAAACAAUGCAAGCUUUUACAAGAGAAUGAUGAAGAUGAUGAGACUAGGUCUAGUAUAGACGAAUCGGUCCUAUCUGGUGCCGCACCGCCCAAGACUCAAUACGGCAAAGGCGAUUUCGUGUAUAUCCAAGCGGAACGAGGUACAAAGGAACCAACAAUUGUGCAAAUCGAGAGGCUUUUCACCAACACGGACAAUGUGCCUAUGGUCUACGCUAACGUUUAUUACCGGCCUCACGAAACUUUCCACGUGCGCACACGCAAGUUCCUACAACAAGAGGUUUUUAAGACUGAAACACAUCGCAGCGUGCCCCUCGACCAAGUAAUAGGUCGUUGCUACGUUAUGAACGUCAAGGAAUAUUUCAAAUUUAGACCAGAAGGUUACCCGGACAAGGACGUGUAUGUGUGCGAGAGUCGAUACAACUCAAGGCAGCGCUGGUUUAAGAAGAUCAAAGUUUGGGAGGGAGCUGAAAAGGAGGCUACACUUAUUCCAAGAGAGGUGCCCCUAGAACCGAACAGAACCGUUUCAGUGUUCCGCGAACGGGUCGAGAAGCAUAAAGAUGAGUUGGCUGAACUAGAAGUAUUGGAAAAUGUUCAAGAGAAAGAACGACCUGAUGUUGUAAUGUACAAUCCUCUGGGAACCGAUGACGAAAAUACAUACUACGAGCAGUACAAUACUGUAUGUUCGGGUGUCAUAAAGACCGGUGACUAUGUCUACGUGGUGACUGAUGGGGGUAAACAGCUCAUCGCGCAAGUGGACACCAUUUGGGAGACGGGAGAUAACAAAUGCUACUUCCGUGGUCCGUUCCUGAUCUUCCCAUCCGAGGUGGCUAGCGUCAUUAACAAGCCAUUCUACAAACAAGAAGUAUUGCUGACGACUAUGCACGACACGAGUCCUCUGGUGGGAAUUGUCGGCAAGUGCUCCGUUUUGGACUAUGACGAUUAUCUCAAAUGUCGCCCGACAGAAAUAUCCGAGAACGACGUGUACGUGUGCGAAGCACUGUACGACGAGUCGAACCGCGUGGCGCGCAAACUCAAAUCGGGGCUGAGGAAGUUCGAGCACACCAAGGAUGUAACUGUGGAUGAGAUCUACUAUUUCCCGAAGCAGUUGGGUCCGCCUGCGCUGGCAACACCUCACGAUGUUACAACAGCCACCGUGUUCUCACAGAAAACAUUUAACCCUACUAUCAACACUGAUUCCAUGGACGUAAAGCCACAGUUCACGAAUCUCAUAAACACGACCAUAGGGAGCCAGGACGUUGAAAUGCUUCUUGAGAAUUCACUUGACGAUUCGUCGCUAGCGUCGCCCGCUACGCCUCUGUCUAUUGGUGGUAACAGCAAUCCAUACAACCCGUCCCUGCUUCAAACUCCAUCACAAGAGAAAACAAGCAAUACAAUAACGACGCCAGCCACAGGCAAGAAGAAGAAAGAGCAGAAACAGAAGAUAGUAACCGGAUACAUUCUGUACUCGAGUGAAAUAAGAAAGGCAAUUGUCGCUAACAACCCGGAGUGCACGUUUGGUGAAAUCUCGCGUAUAGUGGGCAACGAGUGGCGCUCACUGCCCGCAUCCACCAAGCAAUGUUGGGAGGAAAGAGCCGCCCGGUGCAACGAAGAGACGGCUGCUCGUCUGGCUGAGGAAAUGAAAGAGUUAGCCCAGCAUACUACAAUGGAGAUGACGUACGAAUGUGCUUGGGACACAUGCGACUAUCAAUUCGAGGACAUCAACGACUGCAUGGAGCAUUGUAUUGGCGAAGGUGGAAACACCGGACACGUGCAGCAGCACUACCGAGGGGGCGGAGCCUCCGGCGCCGGCGCCGCCGCAGACAGCAAGGAGUACCCUUGCCUGUGGCGCACUUGCACGCGGGUGCGUAAGGGCCAAGCGCCCUUCCCGAACCUGCCGCGCCUCUUGCGGCACGUGCGAGACUUACACGUCAACAAGGGGAACGGACGGCUCAUCGCGGUGCACGAACGGUCUAGAAACUUCGUUCCCUCUACAAAGAAGCCGCCUAAGACUUACACUACGACACUUAGGGCUGGUGUACUUUCUCCUGGAGCAUCGCUAUCUGGUAUGUCUCCGAUGGCUCGCAGCACACCGAGUCCAGGAUGCGGAGAAACUGGUGUACUGGCACCAGGAGCUCGGCCCACUUUGGAACCACUCUUCGUCUCCGCACCACCUCGGGUCCAACGCGUCACGCAUUCCGACACAUAUAUAAGAUACAUAGAAGGACUUCAUUCGGAACAGAAAUACAUAACUCCAUGGGAAAAAUCUUUAACGCCGAUGCCGGCGAACCCCGAUCCGUCGCAGUUCAACAUGCAUAAACUACCCGCACACUGGAUGACAGAAGACGCUAUCAACGGGUACCUUGCGCACGAUAAAACCGUUUCAGAGCUGGAUAUACAAAAGAUGGAUCAAAAUACGAAGAUUUUGAAGGGCCUCUGUACGCUCAGAGACUUUUUAAUGAGAGACGCGUACGCAAUAUCUAAAUCGUACUGA